AUCAGCCCGAAAGAUGGAACAAUUGUUUAUUAAAUAACAGUGGGCAUCACAUUUCGAGAGCAAAAAUUAAGAAAUGAAAAGGGAAAAAAAAACAGAGAGAAAUCAUGUUCCAAUUGAACUUCUCAAUCCUACAAGGACACUAUCACAUGAAAGAUUCCAAAAAUUGGGGUGUUGGAAUGUGAGAACUCUCCAGGGAAUGAGGGAAUAGAGACAGGUGUCUAGAUUUUGUCAAGAUUUAGAGAAAGCACUACCAGGGGGCAGCACAAGCACUACCAGGGGGCAGCACCAGCAACCAUUGUGAAAAAAUGCAUUUUGCUUUUAACCUGACAAUCCAUUUGUCCCUCACGUCUUAGGUAGAAUUUCACAUCAACGACCCCAAACUCUUAGCCCUUUCUUUGACAUUUUAUUUCAGCUUUCAUUUUCAUCUGGACAACUGAACGGCCCUGCAUUAUGCAAAUCGAAUAAACUUUCAUCUAAGCUUUGAUGCUAAAAAAAAUCAAACACCCAUAUCUCGUGUUCAAACUUCAAACUGCUGAGUUCAAGAUAGUGUUAUCACCGAAAAAGUGUUGCUUUUUAUCUUCUGAUUGUUUUGUCCUGCAUGCCCAAAAGACCACAGUGAUAAUUAGCAGCGGUUUGAAACGACCAUGAACGACCAGUUGAGGGUAUUUGAGUCAUUAAUUUACUAGCAUUAAAAAAAAUCAAUUAAUCGCAAUAAUAAAUUGGGGUCUGGCACAUUCUUAAACUUUACUCCCUUUGCGGUUGCACGCUGUUGUUGUUAGUGAGUAGUUCUCACUUGCAUCUCUCUGAACGUCCUAUGCCCAUGCCUCUCAGUCCCUUACGACUCUCCUUUGGGAUCAAAGCAAACCCAAAUCAGAAAAUGAAAGAUUAUUGCCAAAGAAGUCCACAAGGGAGAAAAAUGACAGCCCCAAGAGCAAGAAUCAUUGGAUCAUCACUAUUUGUUCGUGCAAUGGUGAUGAUGCUGAUGAUAUUUUCAGGGUUUGUUUUAGUGGCAGAGUCAGCAAUAGGGGUAAACUGGGGGACACUGUCAUUCCACAAGCUGAAGCCAUCAACCGUGGUGGAUCUGCUGAAGGACAACAACAUACAAAAAGUGAAGCUUUUUGAAGCUGACCCAUUAGUGCUGAGAGCUUUGAUGGGGAGUGGGAUUCAAGUCAUGGUUGGGAUACCAAAUGAGAUGUUGGCUACGCUCAGCUCUUCCCCUGCGGCUGCUGAUUUCUGGGUUCGUCAGAAUGUCUCUACUUAUAUAGGCAAAGGUGGUGCUGAUAUCAGGUAUAUCGCUGUAGGAAAUGAACCCUUCCUUACAAGUUACGCAGGUCAAUUUCAGUCCUAUGUAGUCCCUGCUUUGGUCAAUUUGCAGCAGUCUUUGGCCAGAGCAAAUCUUGCAGGAUACAUAAAGUUAGUAGUCCCUUGUAAUGCUGAUGCCUAUGAAUCCAAUGUUCCUUCUCAAGGGGCAUUUCGACCGGAGCUGAGUCAAAUUAUGACUCAACUUCUUUCUUUCCUAAACUCAAAUGGUUCUCCGUUUGUAGUUAAUAUUUAUCCAUUUCUAAGCCUCUAUGGGAACUCAGAUUUUCCACAAGAUUAUGCAUUCUUUGAGGGCACUACACAUCCUGUUAUAGACGGUUCCAACACUUACUAUAAUGCAUUUGAUGGAAAUUUUGACACAUUAGUUGCGGCCCUCAGUAAAAUUGGAUAUGGGCAGAUGCCCAUAGUCAUUGGGGAGGUGGGUUGGCCUACGGAUGGAGCGGUUGGUGCAAAUCUUACUGCUGCUAGGGUUUUCAACCAAGGCCUGAUCAAUCAUGUGCUAAGUAACAACGGAACCCCUCUUAGGCCUGCUGUUCCACCCAUGGAUAUCUAUCUUUUCAGUCUACUUGAUGAGGGGGCAAAGAGCACUCUUCCAGGAAACUUUGAACGGCACUGGGGGAUUUUCUCCUUUGAUGGCCAGGCUAAAUAUGCGCUAAACCUUGGUUUGGGCAACAAGAAGUUAAAGAAUGCCAGGAAUGUUCAGUAUCUCCCAUCUAGAUGGUGUGUUGCAGACUCAUCUGGGGAUCUCUCUAAUGUGGCAAAUCACAUGAAAGUCGCAUGUAAUGUCGCAGAUUGCACUACACUCAACUAUGGGGGAUCAUGUAAUAGCAUUGGAGCAAAGGGAAAUGUUUCGUACGCAUUCAACAGUUACUAUCAGUUGCUAAUGCAGAAUGAAGAAAGUUGUAAAUUUGAUGGACUUGGUAUGGUCACUUUUCUAGAUCCUUCGGUUGGCGACUGUAGGUUUCUUGUUGGUGUCACUGAUACCAGUUCAAGUUUUAGACCGUAUCAAAGGUGGUUAAUCAGCUGGAUUUUAAUUUUAUGGCAAGUUUGGGCCUUUAGAAUAUGAAAAAGGAAAGGCAGUUUCUAGGCGGGUUUUUCUGGGUCCCCUCUUAUGAAGCUGAUAACGUCAACAUAGGAUAUUGAGUGCUAAGAGUCAUUUAUAUAUUCAAAUGAUUGCAGAUUAUUGUAGUAUAUCAUUGUAUGAUGUAAGAAAAAGUAGACUUAUACGUUAAAUUAAAUAGUCAUUGUCUUGAUUGAUA